AUGAACGCAAAAUCCGACACCAAUCGGCAUGUUCUAACGAUCCAGGCGAAAAAGAAGCGUCAUAAGACAGCUAAGAGGAAGGCUAAACAACAGGCACAGCAAGCAGCAGCACAAGCGGCUGCCACAGCUCAGCAGCAACAGAGCCAGGUGUCAUCUCCCGAUAAUGAGAUGAAUCCGGUUCCGGCAAAUGACAAUCAGCAGUAUUCAAGCUUUGCAAGUAGCAACAAAAAGAACAGCAGCUCCAACGAGUCGAUUGAUGAACGCGAUGAGGAUCGACUGUUGGACGACGCCGGCGGUUACAGCAGUGAUGAACGAGAGGGGGAACAGGAGUGUCGUGAAGAUUACUGCCGGGGAGGCUAUCAUCCGGUCAAAUUGGGCGAUUUAUUCCUGCAGCGAUAUCACGUUAUUAGGAAACUCGGAUGGGGUCACUUUUCAACCGUUUGGCUCAGUUGGGAUCUGGAAGAAAAACGGUACGUAGCGCUAAAAAUUGUUAAAUCUGCCCAGCAUUUCACCGAUACGGCCAAGGAUGAGAUUCAAAUAUUAAAAUCGAUACGAAAUGCUGAUCCGGAUGAUCCAAAGCGGAACAAGACAGUUCAAUUGUUGAAUGAUUUCCGGAUAACCGGUGUCAAUGGAACACACAUAUGUAUGGUGUUUGAAGUUUUGGGUCAUAAUUUGUUGAAACUGAUUCUGAAAAGUAAUUAUCGCGGAAUUCCGUUGCCUAACGUGAAAUCAAUCAUUCGGCAAGUCCUAGAAGGGUUGGAUUAUCUACACGCAAAAUGCAAGGUGAUACACACAGAUAUCAAACCGGAAAAUGUGCUGCUGUGUGUGGACGAGAGUUACAUACGAAAAUUGGCCUGCGAAGCAACGGAAAUGCACACGAUGGGUUGCCGUCUGCCGUUCUCUUUGAUUUCAGCUGCUCCGCCGCAGUUCCAGGAGCAGCCGCUUAGUCAGAAUAUGAGUAAAACUAAGAAAAAGAAGCUAAAGAGGAAGGCUAAAAUGCAGACGGAGCUGAUUCGGCAGCAAAUGGAACAUAUUCAGCAGCAAGAGUUUGGCACCACGACAGCACUGGAAAACUGCGAAACUGAAUUGAUCUCGACAAAGAAAAUGGACCAAGAGCAUGACGAUUGCGAAUCUCCCAUUGCUUCCCCGGAUAGUCCCCGAUUGUUAAAUGGCGACCGUUCUGGUAGCCCAUCCGGUUCCUCCGGUGAUGAGGACGAAUCCCCCGCCAAAACAACAGCAGCAGCGAAAUCGUCUGAAGCUUCCCCUAAUUCGUCCAGUCCGGAUCAGUCGACUUCCAACAACAACGACGAUGCAGUCCUAAAGAAAGCUUCUUCAUCCUCUCUUCCGACUGCUUCGUCCUCGCAGGCAAUCUGUACCGAAGGUAAACUGGACAUCAGUGAAUCGAUGCGCAAGAUUCUUUCUCGGGUGAAAGAGCGUAAAGAUCCGGCAUUUGAGGUGUGCGAUGUGGAAGUGAAGAUCGCUGAUUUGGGAAACGCCUGUUGGGUGGACAAGCACUUUACCGAGGACAUUCAGACACGCCAGUAUCGUUCGUUGGAGGUCAUCAUCGGUUCCGGGUACAACACAUCAGCCGAUAUCUGGAGCACGGCCUGUAUGGCAUUCGAAAUGGCCACAGGAGACUAUCUGUUCGAACCGCACUCAGGGGACAACUACUGUCGGGAUGAUGAUCACAUUGCCCAUAUCAUCGAGCUGCUGGGACCAAUUCCGAAGCGGAUCGCCCUUUCCGGUCGUAUGUCCAAUCAUGCGUUCAAUUCGAAGGGAGAAUUACGGAAUAUUUCCGGACUGAAGCCGUGGGGUUUGGUUGAUGUGCUGCGGGAGAAGUACGAGUGGAGCUUGGAGGAUGCGAUUGAGUUCAGUGAUUUUCUCAGCCCCAUGCUGAGCUACGAUCCGAAGUCUAGGGCUACGGCAUCCGAGUGUCUGAAGCACUCCUGGUUGAAGCAUUGA